GGCUUCCUGCUCUAGGUCUCUCCUCCUCCUUCAACCUGGGGAAAGCCGACAUCUACCCUCGUACGUCCGGCAAGGCGACUGCCCUUAGCCGACUGCUCCCUCGCCUUUUUCUGCACCCUUCCCAGUGUGUAGUCUUGUUUGACGACGACAACGACCUGGGUAUGGCCGAUGUCUGUGCGUCCGGGAGGAGGAUCGCUGUCUCGAUCACGCACCCAUCCGUGCAAGCCUACGUGAAUGCAGACCCUCGCGUUGAAACAGUGACUAGGCCAGGGAUCUUGGGCUCCGAGGAGGCCCUAGAGCGUGUGUUGGCUUCGCUGGUGUAGCGGGUGGGCUCAUUCGAGGCUUCUCCAGUCCGUGUCGACUGAUGUCGAUGAACGCCCCUACGAUUACUGCCUGGCCUGCAGAGCUCUACGAGGCUGGUGUAUUAUUUUCUGCAGAUGGGCAAGGCUGAUUAUUACGAGGACGUAGGAUUGGAAAACUUUGGGGCAAAGAAAGUAAAUAUUUUUUUUGGGAAGCAAAAGAAUCUCAGAGCAAUGUGCAUUACGUGAGAA